AUGGACCACCAAGCCUCUAUCCUGGUUGGCUUGUUUGAGAUGGAUCUAGGAAAGGCCGCCAACCAAACACCAGUCCAAGAAUUCAUACUCCUGGGCUUCUCCAACCACCCUGAAUUACAAAUAUUCCUCUUCCUGGUCUUCUUCGCCAUUUACACAGUGGCUUUCCUGGGGAAUCUCUCGAUUCUUCUGGUCGUCGUCGUUGACGGCCGCCUCCACACCCCCAUGCACUUCCUUCUCGGCAACUUGUCCUUCGUCGACAUGUGCUACAUGUCCGGCACCGUUCCUCAAAUGCUGGCCAACUUCCUCCGGGCCUCAAAGACCAUUUCCUAUCCCGGCUGCCUGGCUCAGAUCUUCACCCUCAUUUCUUGCGUGGGAGCCGAGUGCCUCCUGCUAGCGGCGAUGGCUUAUGACCGAUACGUGGCCAUCUGCCACCCGCUUCUGUACAUGGUCAUCAUGAACAGGAAAGCGUGCCUCCAGAUGGUGGCCGCCUCUUGGACGGGAGGCUUCCUGAACUCCCUGGUGCACACACUCCUGACCUCCGCCCUGUCCUUCUGCGGUCCCAACGAGAUCCGCCAUUUUAUGUGCGACGUCCCACCGCUCUUGGAGUUGUCCUGCUCGGACACGGCUCUUAAUCGCGCGGUCCUCCACACCGCCAGCGUGUUCAUCGGCAUCAGCCCCUGCCUGUUCAUCGUCUUCUCCUACGUCUUCAUCGCGUCGGCCAUCCGCCGGAUCCGCUCCCCGGAGGGCAGGCGCAAGGCCUUCUCCACCUGCACGUCCCACCUCACCGUGGUCAUCACCUUCUUCGGGACGGCCCUCUUUAACUACAACCGAUCCAACGCGGGGGACUCGCUGGAUGCCGACGUCCUGGUCUCGACCCUCUACUGCAUCGUCACGCCCACGCUGAACCCCAUCAUAUACAGCCUGCGGAACCAGGAAGUGAAGGAGGCCCUGAGGAAACUGGUGUGUCGGAAGCAAGCCAUGUUCUAA